AUGAAGGUUUCCGUCCUUGCCGCAGCCGCCUUUGCGGCCACUGCUAUCGCUGGCCCAAUCCGCCCAGAUGGUGACAAGUACUUGAUCGAGCUCGGCCCAGGCCAGACCCAAUGGGUUACCAAGGACCAGAAGCAUCAAAUGAAGGCUGCUGGACAAACCUUCAUUGAUAUCACCAAGUAUGAGCCUGGUUUCACCGCUACCAAAGUCGUUGCCGGCAAUUAUCCAAAGCGCAACGACCUCCCCGCCUCCAUUGUCAAUUCUCUUAUUGCCAACCUUUCAAAGGACAACCUCAUGCGCGACCUCACUGCCAUGAUCGAGUUUAACAACCGGUACUACGAGUCACAGACUGGUGUCGAAUCCGCUACUUGGUUGAUGGAACAAGUCCAGAAGGUCAUUGACGACUCUGGAGUGCAGGGUAAGGUAGAGAAAUUUGAGAACGACUUCCAGCAAUUCAGUGUCAUUGCCACCAUCCCUGGGGCCUCUGAGUCAACUGUUGUUAUUGGAGCCCACCAGGAUAGCAUCAACCAGAAUGAUCCAAUGGGAGGCCGUGCCCCUGGUGCUGAUGAUAACGGAAGCGGAUCUGUCGUUAUCCUAGAAGCCAUGCGCAGCAUCUUGGGAUCUAAGCUCAUCGCAAAUGCCACCAACACCAUGGAAUUCCACUGGUAUGCCGGCGAAGAGGGUGGCCUCUUGGGCUCCAGCGCUAUCUUCCAGAAAUACAGGAGCGAUGGCCGAGAUAUCAAGGCUAUGCUUAACCAGGAUCUUGCUGGUUUCACCAAGCAAGGUGGCCCUGAACAAUUCGGUCUUAUCGCCGACAACACCAACCAGGAAUUAAACCAGUUCACCAAGAUGAUCGUUGAAAAGUACUCCAAAGUCCCAAUUGUUGAAACCAAGUGUGGCUACGCCUGCUCCGACCAUGCUUCCGCCACUAAAAACGGAUUUCCAUCUUCCAUGGUUGCUGAAACCACCUUCGAAGACUCUAACCCCCAUAUCCACUCCGAAGACGAUGUUAUCGACUACUUGGACUUCGACCAUAUGCUCGAGCACGCUAAGGUUGCCACCGGGUUCAUGACCGAACUUGCCAUGGCCUCGAAUUUGUAA